AUGAUGAAGUAUCAAGUGAUUUUGACAGAACAGGAUGAUGUCAUUCUGAAAACUACUAACUUGAUUAACCCUGCAGUCUUUUUAAACUCUGUACAGGAAGAAGGACAAAUAGAACAUGACUGUUUGGUGACUAUUGAACAUGUUUAUUCCAGUCGAGAGGACUUAAAAGAUAAUCCUUUGGAAGAUCCUGAUUGGGAGUUAUACACAGACGGUAGUAGUUUUGUGAAAGAUGGGAUCCGAUACGCAGGAUAUGCGGUGACUACUGAGAAUUCUGUUGUAGAAGCAAAUGCUUUACCCUGCACAACUUCAGCCCAAAAGGCAGAACUGAUAGCUUUGAUGAGAGCACUAGAGUUAAGCGAAGGGAAGAAAGUGAACAUUUGGACUGAUUCAAAGUACGCUUUUAGUGUGGUACAUAUUCAUGGAGUUCUAUGGAAAGAAAGAGGAUUAUUAUCCUCACAGGGGACAAAUAUUAAAUACAAAGAAGAAAUUUUAAAAUUAAUACAAGCAGUCCAAAAACCGAUUAAGGUGGCAAUCAUGCACUGUAAAGCACAUCAAUUGGGAAACACUAAAGAAAUUAUAGGAAAUAAAUUGGCAGAUAGGACAGCAAGAAAAAUUGCAAAAAGAGACGCCUUUCAAAUGACAUUGAUCCCUAUUAGAACCAUUACUCUGCCAAGGGAGAAACCUAAAUAUUCAGAGGAAGACGAGAAAUUAGGGGCAAGUGGCGGAAUUAAAAAACAGCUUGAAGAAGAGAGAGACCAGGUGAAACAUCUGCAGACUGCUCUUAAGGAGCAACUCCUUGCGGGCAAUGCCCACAAGGAAAUAUCCCCAAGAUCAGAAACUGGUUACCCGUCUGACGACUUACAGGCAGUGAGAGAUGUUUAUGAUGAUGAUCAGGAUCAGUUCCCCCAAGUCACAACUAAGGAGGUCCCCUAUACCGCCACCGAGUUGGCAAAGUUAAAAAAGGAUUUUGGCCGAACUCCUAGGGAGUUGAAGACAGAGUAUGUGUGGAGAAUAUCGUUUCCUGGAGGGGAUCAGAUUUUGUUGAGUGAAAAGGAGGCGGAGGUCUGGGGACUGGGAAUAUUUUUAACUACUGGAAAUCAUCGCGCCCCUUGGUCUUUAACCCAGCGGGCAGCCUAUUGGGCGGGGGGCUUGAGCCCCUUGGAGAGGGGGGAUUCCCUCGCAAUUAUGGGGACUGUUGAUCAAUUGGUGGAAAGUGUGCAGAAGGCAGCUUGUUUGCAGAUGAUGUAUGAUCGAAAGUUGGAGCCUAGGCAGGAGUCCCCGAUGAUGAUGUCGGUAGACCCCAAACGAAUGACUCCCCUUAUAAGGGGACUCCCCGAUUCCCUGAAGCUGAUUGGUAUACAAUUACAGGGGAAAAUACAGGCAAUACUUCAAGGCGAGGGAGUUGCGGCUGCUUUAGAAGGACUUACACCUGAUCGGCACCGUUGGCCCCCGGAUAGGAAAACGUGGACUGGGGGGGAGGUAGCCCAAGAAUUGAUUAAUUAUGGGCACAAGUACGGCCCUAUCAACCUUCCAGCCACUAAAACAGACUCUAGGGGCCUGAGGCGAGCUGAAGUAAAAAUGGUUCCGCACCCUGGGGGUGAUAGAAGAACAUCUCUUGCUAAAACACCUGGAGGGAGGGACAUCCCAAAUAAGCGUAAUAGCUUGUGGACAAAGGGAUGGCAAAAGGGGAUCCCACGUGACUUAAUGGACGGGUUGCCAACAGACAAGUUAGAAAAACUGGUGUCUGGAUGGCCCAAUAAGCCGACAGACGAAGAGGUGCGUUCCAAAAAUAUCACCCCUUGUGCGCCCUCUUUAAUUGACUUGUUAGAGACAGUCCCCCGAAACUCAGUGGGAAACUAG